CUCUGGUUAGGCCUUCCUGAAGUGGAUGGAGGUCCAGAUGGAUUUGACAUGCUUGGUAAGCCAUUUGGGAUCAGGAAACCAUCAAAAUGGUGGAGGGUGUCUGAGGUGUCAUGGAUGUAGUGAAAAGGGUCUACAAGUUCUGUAGAGCCGGCUGAAACAGCUUGUCUACUAAGACAUUCCUGCUUGGGGAUGUUGGGAGUGGAUGGGAGCAGGAUGUCUGGUGUCUGAGGCCAUAAAGAGAACACCCUGGAGGGAAUGAUGUCAGUGGGUGUCUUGGAAACAGUAGUCUGAUAUGCAGUGGUGAUGUCAUGGAACAGGUUCAGAUGUCUGAGAGCUUCUGCAAAGCAAAAGUUCGUUUGCUUGUAACUCCGGCUUUGUCAGUGGUUUGAUGACAAUGUUGGAGUGUAGAGCUGCAAGUUCAGAGAGACAUAGAUCGUAGAACAGAGUGAAGAAUAAAUCAGUCACUGCAAUGAUCCAUCCCCUUAUCUCAAUUCCUCCAUCUCCACCGCAUCUGCUCUUAGGAUGAGGCUUUUCAUUCUAGAAGAAGGAGAGGUCCUCCUUUUCCAAAGAAAGGGGCUUCCCUACCUCCACCACAACACUACCCUCAGCAGUAUCUCUUCCAGCUCAUGCAUGUCUGCUCUCACCCCAUCCCCCCACCAUCCUACCAGGGAUAGGGUUCCUCUUGUCCUCACCUACCAUCACACCAGCCUCUGCGUCCAGCAUAUAAUUCUCUGAAACUUAUGCCAUCUCCAAUGCAAUCACACCACCAAGCUCAUCUUUCCCUCUCUUCUCUCCCCCCCCCCCCCACUUUCUGCUUUACACAGGGAUCACUCCUUCAGUGACUCACUUGUCUGUUUGUCCUCCCUGCUGAUCUCUCUCUUGGCACUUACCCUUGCCAGUGGAUUAAGUGCCACACCUGCCCCUACACUUCCUCCCUCACUACCAUUCAGGGCCCUAAACAGCCCUUCCAGGUGAGGCGACGCUUCACCUGUGAGUCUGUUGGGGUCACUUACUGUGCCCGGUGUGGCCUUCUGUAUAUCGGUGAGACCCGACGUAGAUUGGGAGACUGCUUCGCCAAGCAUCUAAACUCUGUCCACCAAGACAAGCAGGGAUCUCACAGUGGCCACCUGUUUUAAUUCUACUUCCCAUUCUCAUUUCAAUAUGUCCAUCCAUGGCCUCCUCCACUGUCGUGAUGAAGCCACACUUGGUUUGGAGGAAGAACAUUGUGUAUUCUGUUUGGGUAGCCUCCAGCCUGAUGGUGUGAACAUUGAUUUCUUGAAUUUCUGGUAAUGCUCUCCACCCCCACCCCACCCUUCGCCAUUUCCCAUCCCCUUUUCCCUCCCUCGCCUUACCUCCUUGCCCACCCAUCGCCUCUCUAGCACUUCUUCAUCCCCACGCCCUUUUUCUUUCUUCCAUGGCCUUCUGUCUCUUUCACCAAUCAACUUCCCAGCUCUAGUUCAUCCCUCCCCCUCCAAGUUUCACCUAUCUUCUGGUGUUUUGCUCUCCCCUCCUCCACCUUUUAAAUCAGCUGCUAGUCCUGCCAAAGGGUUUUGACGUGAAACGUCGACUGUACUUUUUUCUACAGAUGCUGCCUGGCCUGCUGAGUUCCUCCAGCAUUUUAUGUGUGUGUAACAAUGAUCAAUUUCCUUUUGAGUAGAAAAAAGCCAGAAACAGUGUCCAAAUUGAUAGAAAUUCCAGAGAUGGGAGAAAGGGGGCCAUAGUGUGGGUGGCACAGUGGUGCAGUUAAUAGAGCCACACCCUCACAACAAAGAUUCAGAUUCAGUUUAUUGUCAUUUAAAAACCACAAAUGCAAUGCAGUUAAAAAAUGAGACAAUGUUCCUUCAGAAUGAUAUCACAAAAGCACAUGACAAAACAGACUACACCAGAAAAUCUACAUACUGUUUGGCAAUCCCCGAUCCAGAGUCCGGAGAGGCUGCUGCGUAUUAAUAUCGCGCUGCCAUCUUAGUGUGUUCCCCAGAAAGGAGCUCCAAUUCCACCAGACAAAACAAGACCAAAAACUAAAGCUACAAGACCUGCACAAAACCACAUAGUUACAACAUAUAGUUACAACAGUGCAAACAAUAGCAUAAUUGAUUAAAAAAAACAGACUAUGGGCACAGUAAAAAUAGUCCAAAGAUGUUAAAAGACCAUAAGUUCAAAAGAAACCACCACACAGUUUCCACAAGUCCUCAGGGUCCCCGAUAGAUUAGUCAUCUCACGCAGGCAGCAGAAGGGAUUACCCCCGCUAUGGACUUACACGGCGCCACCCGACUCAGCCUCGUAGACACAGCACACAAUGAAAGUUCCGUCGAACCCAGCCUCGCAGACACAGCACACACUGAAAGUGACCUGAUUGCAGCAGACUCCGAGUCUGUCAAACUUCCAAGCCUCCGACCAUCCCCUCCGGCACAGCUUCUCCGAGCACCAUCCUCUGCCAAGAGUAUUAAGACGCCCCUGCCAACGCGACCCCGAGGACUGGGGAUCUGUUCUUCCCAGCAGAGACUCGGACCUCACAGCAGCAGCAACAAAGAAGGUCUUCCUGGAGAUUUCCGGAUGUUCCUCCGUGCUCCCACAUCCGUUUUUCAUCUGAUUAUGAUUGAGCAUGACACCCUGCUUCACAAAUAACAGAUAAUCAGCUCCGGAGUGGCCGCUGCAAGCUGCGUUGUGCCGCCAUCUUGGAUACAGCUGAGAAGGGAAAUGAAAACAAGAACCUCUCCUCUUCUCCAUGUGCAUGUUGAUGAAACAACUCCUGUUCAUGUUCAUGUUAAGAAGAGUCCAAAACAAGCAAAGAAAGUCCAGCAGAAACUGAAAGGAGCACUCGAAUAUGGCAACCUGAGACCAGUCAGCAAGGUAAAGACCAAGGUGCCAUGGAUUCCACCAGGCAAAACAUCAGUAAGAGAACUUGGCUACAAAUGGGAGGGUCCAACUCAUCGACUGGAUAUAACACCCAUUAACACUGAGAAAUUCAACUCAACACUUCACCUGAGUGACCUCUCCACAGAUGAUGAGGAAGCGAUACACGGGAAGAUGAAUCAAUAUGAGAAGAAAAUCAACUGUCUUAUGAAGCAAAUGGGCUCAUUAAAAAAUGAGGUUGAAUUGAGAAAGAAAAAUCAAUUGCUGGAACAGCAAGAGGAGGAGCUAAAUCUAUCCAAGCGGUUGAUUGAAGAGAAAGAGGAGGAAUUAGCUGAAAUCACCAAGGAGCUAGUUCUUACUGAGCAUAAGAAUGAGCUACUACAAAGGAACAUUGAAAUGAUGAAAGAAGAUCCAGAAAAUUCCUGCUCAGAUAAAAAGCUGUGGCGUAAAGAUGACACCCUGUUGAAAAAGCUCAUGGAAGUUGAAAUGGAUGGAGCUGCUGCAGCCAAACAGGUUGCAUCUCUGCGUAAUACCAUCAGUAAGCUGGGCACAGAGAAGCAAAUGUCAACAUCAGAAUGUAACUUGCUAUCACGGCAGAAGGAAUUGUUAAUGCAGAAAUUGGAGACCUUUGAUGCAUCAAAUCGAGCUGUUCGGGAUCUACUUAAGGAACAGCAUGCACAAGAGACUGAUGCUUUGAGGUUGUUUGAUCUAAAAGAAGCCUUACUUGAAAAACUGGCCCGGUCGGAAGCAGAAAAUGCGCACUUGUUAGUGAAGAUGCAGGAAAUUGAAAAUCAGACUGACCAGCUUCUUGCUCAGUAUCAAACAGAAAAAGACAAUGCUCGUGCAGCAGCAGAACUUUCCAAAUCUCUUGAAAGCACUAGAGCCCAUCUACAGGGACAGCUGCGCAGUAAAGAGGCAGAGAACAAUCGGCUAGCUGUUCAAAUCAGGAAUUUUGAGCGUACCAUUUCGCAACAAAAAGGUCAAUUGGACUACUUAACAGAGCAACUAAAGCAGCUUCAGCAGAAAGGGGACAGAGACAAAGAGGCCUUGAAGAAAGCCACAAAGGCUCAGAAACAGCGAGCUGAACGCAGUGAAGACGCCAUUGAGCUGCUCAAUGCCCAACUUAGCGACAAGGAAACACAGUUGGCAGAUGCGCUAUCAUCAGCUGAGAAAUGGAGAAGUUCUCACAGCAAGGUGAUAAAAGAAAAGAGUCAACUGGAGAUCGAGGUCUCAAUCUUGAACAACCGUAUUGCUGAUCUACUGGAUCAAACUCAUCACGUGGAGGACAAGGCUCGAGGAGACCUGGAAUCACUAAUGGAAAGGCUCCACAAGAUGUCUUCAGAAAGCUCCUCCGUCAAGCUGGAAAAUGAGGCAAUGAAGGCAAAUAUGAAUGCAUUGGAGGAAAAAUUCACAUUUGCUCAGACUGAAAUGCAACACCUCAAAGUCUCUAUCAAACACUAUGAAGGGCUGGUGGAUAGUUAUAAAUCUCAGGUGAUGAAAACACGGUUGGAGGCAGAUGAAUACAACAUGAAGCUGGAGAAGGCAGAGAGGGAGAACAAGUUAUUGAAAGAUGAGGUUAAUAAAGAAAUUGAACAGGUGCGUAGACAAAUGCAGAAAAAACUGAGUGAUCUGGAACCUAUUCCUGAGUUGUUGAAGUUAACUGAACAUAAACUGCAGGACUGCCAGCAGCAGCUGGUCAUGUAUGAGAAGAAAAAUGUAGAUCAGUCCUCCAUUAUAUGUGAUCUCAAGAUGGAGAUUGAGGAACUAGGUGGAAGGUCAAGAGAGAAGUGUCACAGUAUGCAAGAAGAAAAUCAUAAUUUAAAGCUGAAAUUGGAAACUUUGGAAAGGAAAUUGGAAGACGUCAAUACACAAAAUCGGGAAUUGACACUGGUAGUGGUACAAAGGGAAGAGACGAUUCACCACAAUCAGCAGCGAUUGGAGGAGAAAUCCCGGGAGUGCAGCAGCCUUGCGCGACAGUUAGAGUCCGCUAUUGAAGAUGCCAGACGCCAGGUGGACCAAACCAGGGAGAGAGCUGCAUCGAAGGAGCGGACUGCACAAAGCAAAAUACUGGACCUUGAAACUCAGCUGAGCAGAACAAAAACAGAAUUGACUCAGCUAAGGCGGAGCAAAGAUGAUGCUGAGAGGCGUUUCCAGAGCCGUUUAGAAGAUUUAAAGGAUCGCCUGGAACAGUCUGAAUGCACCAACCGCAGCAUGCAUAAUUAUGUUCAGUUCCUAAAAUCCUCGUAUGCCAAUGUGUUUGGUGAAUCUGCAUUAACAAGUUCUCCAGUUUAAAUACCAUAACCUGUGAGGAUGACUGUGAUAUCGAAAAAAAUCAUCUUGCUGAAUUGUGCUUUUCAGGGAGUACACAUAUCAAAACUAUACAAAAAGAACACUCUGUCAGAGAAAUCACCCUGACCCCAUUACUCUGUAGUCAGAUCGAUCUUAAAAGAAUUUUCCAAGGACAGUUCCUGACUUGCAUGGUGCUAGAUCUAUGAACCAAUCUGGAGCAGGCUAAGUUAUCAGUUUAUCUGUAACGAAGAUGUCAAAAAUGUUUUAGAAUCCUGUUUCCUGACUGAUAAACAGGGAUAACAGUAUGGUCUGCCUUGUAUUUGUUGAUUAAGAUCUAUUCAUUUUGAUUCACAACAUACUUGCACAGAAAAAUUGCACAUACUUCCUUUCAUUGACGAAGUGUGUUUUGUAGCAGCUCCCACAAAUAUAGUGUGCUGUAGAGGAGGACUAGAACAUUGUGAGGUGGAAUGUUUCAUAAUUCUUUGGCCUGUUCUGUAAAUGUUCCUCACUCUAACAUAAUGCUUGGGAAUCUUAUUAUCUGGAUCUCUCUGAGCUGCUCCUUUGUCAUUUAUGUUUCUCCACUCAAACCAUUGAUUGAAUGGCAUGCUAUCUGAUUGGACUAUGAUUACAUUGUCUGUCCUCUUCCACGUCACCAAAACUCAAGUUUUCCUCAGAUGUUCUUGCUUCCAUUUCUCAAUUCUUCAUUCUUUAUUGAAGCAAAUUGAGAAACAAAUGUCCUAAAACAUUCCUAAUUAUUGGAAUCUAAAAUAUUCCUGUAAUUUUUCUUUAAAAAAUGUUAAUUUCACAAAUGGGUCAUGGAGCAAUAGGACAGAAAAUAACAGCCCCCUUCGGCCCUGCUAGACCAAGCCAAACUGUUAUUCUGCUCAGUCUCAUCAACCUGCACCUGGACCAUAGCCCUUCCAUCCAUGCACUUCAUUGUUCAAAGUAAAUUUAUUAUCAAAGUACAUGUAUAGCAGCAUAUACUAUCUGUUUUCUUGUGGGCAUUCACAGUAAAUGCAAAGAAGCACAGUAGAAUCAGUGAAAGACUGCGCACAAAGAUGGACAAACAGCCAAUGUACAAAAGACAAAUUGUGCAAAUACAGACAGGAAAAAAACCCAAAAUUAUAAUAAUAAUAAAUACAUCAGCAAUAAAUACUGAGAACAUGAGUAGCAUAGUCCUUGAAAGUGAGUGCACAGGUUGCUGAAACAGUUCAGUGUUAGAUCAGUGAAGUUACCUAAAUUUCUCAUAAAUGCUACAAUUAAGUCGGUAUCCUCCACUUCCACUGGGAGCUCACUCUAAGCAGUGGCAAAGUUUUGCUGUUCUUUGAGCUAUGUUAUAUUUGACCCAUGCAGUGCCUCAGCGCCAGUAUAUUUCAUUUUGAUAAAAGCACAAAACUAAGGGCCAGACUUUUAAGUCUGCAAUUAAGCAAUUUCAAUUUUUUUUUGAUCCAUUUGACAGUGCUGAAAAAUAAUCUACAAAGUAUCAGAUCGAUUCAGCUGUGUUGGAUCAAAGCCACAGUCUCUUCCCAGCAUAUUCUCCAAUGCUCUUUCUCUAAAUUUUGGUUCUUGACUCUUAAAGGCUGGGCUUGGUAUUAUGCUCAAAUGUUAAAUGGGAUUUAGCUGAAGCUUUAUCGGAACACAAGUCUCUUGUGUGAUCCACGUGAGAACUGUACCGUUAAUAAUGGUGCAGGUUUCCCAUGCCAAAAUCAGUAACGUUCUCAAAGGCCAAUUCAGCAACAAAAGUAUCUUUCUUAUAGUUUUGCAGCACAGCUUAGGAAAUGCUGUUCCUUUUAUUAAAAGUCAUAUUGUUGAAUGUUCUAAGUCUUGUUUACACUGAGUGGAUUGUUUAUUGUGUGCAGUCAAAAUAAUUGAAGUGAAGAGUGAAUUUUUUUUCUCUAGUUAUCAGGGAAUUAAUUUUUCUAAAAAGUCAGCCAUUGUGUGACAAUUCUUCAUUCUCAGCUUAAGUAAUAUUUCCAUCUGAAUAUCAAGAUAAAUUUUAAAAGUAGAACUUCAAAGUUCUAAACUUUAAUAAGUUAUGUUAUAUAGAUAAGAUUUUUAAAAAUCCAUUAUUUCUCUCAAUUCCAAAAACACUUAAUAAGAACCAGUUAGACACUUACAUUCUUUUGAUAGAUGAUGGUCUGAAUCAAGUGUCAAAUUCUCCCUACAUAUUAUUGAGGUAUAGCUUUGCAACAGGAUUCCCCCUAGUGAUAUUUCUUUGUUUAUUGAGUAAAUUACAAAAUUAUGAAGCAAAAUAACAUCUGUUAAAAAGAGAAACUAAGACCAAUUCAUUCUAGUUACUGUCCAUGUCAUCACUAACAAUGUUUUUUUUGGUUGUAAGUCCCUUUUGUAAUAUUCCAGUUUCUCUUUAAAGAGCAUUAUUGUGGAGUGGGCUGACUGUUUUCCCUUGUCAGCCUAAUUUUACAAGUUUUUAAGUGAUUUGCCCUUUCCAUUUAUAAUUUUAUAAACCUCUGAGAUAAUUUGUUAAACCUUUAUAGCUAGCAAAGCAUAUUUUCUCAUAAAUUGCACCCAUUUACAAUGGACUGGUAUAAGACAGAAUUUUAUAAAUUCAACAUGUAAACUGACUUUUUGCCAACAAUGGACGUCGUUAUGCUCCAUUUGAUCUUUUUCCUCCUUUCAUCUCAUUUAACAACCAACAGUAAGUAUCUUGUUAAAGGCUAACAAAUAGCUAUUCUGCUCUUUGAUUUCUGACAGUACCUCAAGAGGUGGUAGAAACAGAGGCUCCACAGGCGUAAUAUUAAUUUUACAAUAUUUGUAGCAAGAACAAUUGACCCAUUUACCAAAAAAUCCCUACUAAACUUUGAGGGAUUAAACCACUUUUGGUCCCAUGUACUCUGGUGCUUCAGUUAAACAUUUUGCUAAUCCCUUUUAUAAAAUAAAAAAAUUAAAUUUUCAGUGUGAAAUAUUGCUAAAAUUUGUAAAUAACACUUUUAUACUUGAAUGUUUUUAAGUAAUUGCAAAUGUUUAUAAUCAGUAUCCUAUUUUUAUAUGAAUAUGUUAAUAAAAAUGCACAUUUGUUUAAAAGUCAAUAA